AUGCCAUCGCAUACACCACGUUGUAUUUUGAUUAGACAUGGGCAAACUGCAUGGUCCAAGACAGGGCAGUACACAUCACAUACUGAUCUCUCACUCACUCCAUUCGGUGUGAAGCAAAUGGAAAUCACCGGUAAGUAUUUAGUUUCGAAGGAUGGAUACACGUUGAUCCACUCGGAUGAUGUUAAAUUGAUCAUUACUUCUCCACGGAAACGUGCAAUAGAAACAAGAGAUUUGGUGUUCAAAGGCUACGAUUUGAAAAGCGAGAUUGAUGAAGAUAUCAGAGAAUGGGAAUAUGGUGAUUACGAGGGUCUGUUGACAAAGGAAAUCAUUGAGUUACGCAAAAGUAGAGGAUUGGGAGAAGAUUGGAACAUCUGGGAGUAUGGCUGUGAAAAUGGUGAAGAUAGUGAAGAUGUUCGUAAGCGUAUCGACAGACUGAUUGCAAAAAUCAGAGCGAUCCACAAGGAGUAUAUGGAUAGAAAUGAAUCAUGUGAUGUCGUAGUUGUUGCGCAUGGCCACAUUUUAAGAUGCUUUGCUGCUAGAUGGAUUGAUAUUCCCAUCAGCAGAAAUCCCAAGUUCAUGUUAGACGCCGGAGGUGUUUGUGUGUUGAGUUAUCAACACCAUAAUCUGGACGAGCCUGCAAUGUUUUUAACCGGAGCUUUCACAGUUCCCGUUGAGGAAGAAGGUAAAGGCAUUUAA